AUGUUGGUGUUAGGCCUCUUCAGGACACCGCGAUUUAUCAACUCUUCGCAAUCUGAGAAGUCUCUUCUUCCACUUUGUAUCUCCCAACCUGCUCAUAUUUCCUUUCUUCAUUUGGCUUGCCACUCUUACUUACAUAACUGUCUCUGCACAAAGUUGCUUUCGAUGAAAGAUAAUCCCUCUAGUUCCGGCCAAUCUCUCAGGACCACCCCUAAAAUGCAUCUCUGGCACCGAGAUACAGACCAGCAUAUUGAGCUUACAAUUUUUAACCUAUUUCACUCCGAAAGCUCUAGAACUAGAUGGACUAGACUCCCUUCCCGUUGA